AUGGUUGGGGCUAGCUGGGGGAACCGCUUCGUGUUUCCUGCGCCCGAUCCGUCUUAUGGGCCGCAGUCCUAUCGAAGGCACCUGUGCUGGAUCCCAUGGAACCCUGUCCUUUCUCCCGACAAGGCACGGGACACCAGCUUGCAGGAUGGUAUCCCGUGCUUGUGGUUUCCUGCGCCGAAAGCCGCCACCGUCAUUCUCUUCUUUCACGCCAAUGCGGAGGACUUGGGAAUGUCGUUCGCGAUCCUGAAACACAUGCGAGAUCAAUUCAAGGUGAACGUGCUUGCAGCAGAGUAUCCAGGAUAUGGGCUCCUGCAUCACGUUGAACCGUCCGAGGAUGGUGUCUGCGAAGUGGCACUGACCACCUUUCGUUUUCUCGUCGACAUCCUUGGUGUCCGAUACUCGCAGAUCGUCUUGUUCGGCAGAUCUCUCGGCAGCGGUCCAGCGGUCUUCCUCGCAUCUCAGUUUCCGGUUGGAGGCCUGAUCCUGGUGUCCGCCUUCUCAUCAAUCCGAGCCGCAGUACAAAGCAUUGCUGGCCGGCUCUUCGCCAUGGCGUUCCAAGAACGCUUUCCCAACCACAAAACCAUCUCCAACGUGUCCUGCUCGACGCUGUUCAUCCAUGGGGAGUCCGACGGCCUCAUCCCCGUGGAGCAUUCGGUGAAGCUUUUCAAACGCUGCCGCGCGCGCAAGCUGCUGGUGACACCACCGGAGAUGGAGCACAACUCCAACCUCUUCGGUGAUGCCUCUUUCCUUGCGAUCCCUGCCAUUCACUUCUUUGGCUUCCCAGGCUACUACACCUCCACACCGCCGCGGCUCCCUGCCAGCAUGUUCGAGACCCCGGACCGACGUGUCCGCCUUGCAAGCCAAGUGCAGGAAGGCACAGUGCGGCCCUUCCUCUGCGAUUGCUUGGCCAAGAGAGAUCAACACACCUUGGAUGCAGGGUUCGCGAGACAAGCUGAUGGGGUAGACAACAUUACUAUCUGCUUGUACAAGGAUACCAGCGACGAGGUCGAGCUGGUGGGUGAGGAAGCCAAGGAGCGUCUUCGGAGGAAGACCGAGGGCAAGCUCCUUGAGAAGCAGGCCAUGGGGAAGUCACAUGUUCAAGCUGAUGGCGAUGUAGGUGCAGGUGAGGCUGAAGAGCCCUUGCAGCAGGAGCUUGCCUCUGUCCAUCUGGAAAUGCCUGAGUUCCCAGAGCACACUGAAGAUCCGCCUCCGCUCUGA